AUGGAAAAAUGCCUUAAAUGUCAAGAUAACGAAUGGCCAAAUCAAGAAAGAACCAUGUGCUGUGAGAAGCAGGUUGAGUUUCUUUCCUAUGCUGGUGAUUUCUUAACCCUAGUCUUUAUUAUCUCUUCUGUAAUAUUAUUUAUAACAGCAGCAGUUAUACUGGGAACAUUCAUUUCAUUUCAAGACACUCCAGUUGUGAAGGCCAAUAAUCACAGUCUGAGCUUUAUUCUCCUUGUCUCCAUCAAGUUGAGCUUCCUCUCUGUGUUUCUGUUCCUUGGCCGUCCUGUUGUUAUAACCUGCAUGCUCCGACAAAUCUCCUUUGGAAUCACAUUUUGUAUAGCUGUGUCUUGUGUUCUGGCCAAGACCCUUACAGUUUACAUUGCAUUCAAAGCCACUAAGCCUGGGAGUCCCUGGAGAAGAUGGAUGGAUAUAAAAUUGGCAAACUGGCUUGUUUUUAUUUGCUCAUCAAUUCAGUGUCUGAUUAGUGUUAUCUGGUUGGUCACUUCACCCCCUUAUGUGGAGAACAUUCUGUCUGAACCUGGAAAAAUCAUCAUUCAGUGCAAUGAAGGUUCAGUAGUUGCCUUCUAUAUUGUCCUCUCCUACAUGGGAUUGUUGGCAUCUGUGAGUUUCAUUGUAGCUUUCUUGGCUCGGACAUUACCGGACAGUUUUAAUGAGGCCAAGUACAUCACUUUCAGCAUGUUGCUCUUCUGCAGUGUUUGGAUCACAAUGAUCCCGGCCUAUCUGAGCACCAAAGGCAAAUACAUGGUGGCAGUGGAAAUAUUUGCUAUUAUCUCUUCAAGCUGUGGCCUUCUCUUCUGUAUAUUUCUACCCAAAUGUUACAUUAUUUUAUUCAAACCAGAGAUAAACACAAAUUGUGGUGGCAACUCUUGCUGCAGCUGUGUUGGUAGACCUCCCUUACCUACCUGCCCUAACACUGAAGGCUAA